AUGGCCGAAGCGCUCCUUGAAUCCCUCCGCGCCUCCGGCCCGCUCGGCCUGCAGGCGGUCACCGGCACCGGCGCGGGCGUCGGCUUCGCGGGCUGGAGCCUGGGCGGCGGGUACGGCCCGCUGGACGCGCGCUACGGCAUCGGCGCGCACCAGAUCGUCGGCGCCAAGGUGGUCAACGGCGAGGGACGGCUGGUCGAGGCGGACGAGCGGCUGCUGAGGGCGGUGCGCGGCGGCGCGGGGUUCUUCGGCAUCGUGGUCCAGCUGACCGUCAAGGUCUACCCUCUUGAUGGGAUCCAAUCGGGAGUCUUCCUGUUCGAGUCCUCCGACAUCGAAAAGACCGUCACCACCGUGCUGACCGGCUAUAACAAACUCGCCGAGGACCACGCCCCCCUCCCGCGCAAUCUGUGCGUUCUGCCCGUCAUCACGCCCUUCCCCAACGCCGGCGUCGUCCUCGCCCUGUCGUUCAUCUGGAGCGGCCCGGCUUCGGAGGACUCCCGCGCGUGGGCCGACAAGAUCGGCGCCCUGGCCCCGCGGCUGCCCGGUCCCCCGCUGCAGCCGACCACCAUGCUCGCCGUUCUGCGCAACCUGGCGCGGCUGAUCCGGCCGCGCGUCCGCGGCACCACCCACAGCGCCUCCCUCACGCACCUCUCGCCGCAGGCCGUGCGGGCGCUGGCCGCGCAGGCGGCGCGCAUCCCUGCCGCGGGCAACGGCGGCUUCUCGCUGCACAUUGUGCGCGCCGACAGCCCGUCGUGCGCCGGCGGCGUUGUUCCGGAGUCGGUGACGCCGUACGGGAUGCCGCACGUGUCGGUGGAUGUGCUGGGCAUCGUGGACAUUGAGGGCUCGGAGGAGGUGGAGCGGGCGAUGGUCGGAUGGGCUCAGGAGGCGAGGGACGAGCUGGUCGGGGUGGACGCGGCGGCGAGGUUCACGUAUCUGCCAUUUACGCAUCCGAAGCAUCUGAGCCUCGAGGGGAUCUACGGAGACAACUUGGAGUUUAUGCGCCAGAUCAAGAAGGAGCAAGACCCGAACAACGUCUUUAAACAUGGCCUUGUCCGUUUAUAA